CGGCGAGCUCGAGAGACUGCACGUGGUCCCUCGACGCCAUCUUGGCCGUGACCUCACGCCCGGCUUCCCAAUCUCUCCAGCGCAACGACUUCCCUGUGCCUUGUGUUCUGUCCUGGCCCUCGGUAUCUGCAGCCAGACCUGGCAUGGCGUUUGGUCGCCGUUUCGUUGCGAAGCGCCGCCGUUCUGCCCACCAGCUGAGACCCGAUAUCUGACAUUGAAAGAACCGCACUCAUUCAUCGCAUACCUUAUAUCAAGGCGGCGACAUCAUGGGCUGCUGCUUCUCUCGUUCCGCGGGUCCCAACUCGCCGUACCCCGGAGGCGUCUCCGAUGCUUCCUCGCGCGCCAUCAACCCGCCGCCCUUGAGCCUGCCCGAGGGCAUCCUCUCCAGCGGCCCGCCAGCCUCGACCCUGGGUCAUCGCCAUCGCCGCCGGGACCCGCGCCCUCUGGACCAGCACAUCAACAAGCCGUUGCGCCGCCACCAGUGGACGUCUGCGCAGACGUGGACCCGCCGCGACAUCGACAAGGAGCGCGCCGAGUUCUUCGACACCAGGGUCGUCUGCCGACCCGAGAUCUGGCAGACGCUGCACGCCGCGCUGCAGGUCCUGUGGGAGUCGAGCCCGGCCGAGGACGAUGACGACGACGACGACGCCUUGGCCACGGCGCAGUCCAUCCUCACGGCCGCCGAGAUCUCGCUGCCGACCGGCGACCUUGCCCACGGUGCUUACGAUGCCCUGGGCAACUUGUAUGCGCUGCCCGAAUGGGUCGUCUCCGACCCGGAUAACCUGGCCGACGACGGCGACGACCAGGAUCCGGAUGCCAAGGGCGACACGACCGCCGGCGAGGAGACCGCUGGCGAGGACGAGGACGACGACGAAGACUCGGAGAGGAGGCGGGAGGAGAAGGGCAAGGGGGUGCUUGGCGAGGUGGAAAUGGUUGCUCUUUGCGCGCGCCUGAGCGAGACGGGCGUGGACGUCAAAGUGUCCGUGGCCAAGAAGGACAAUGUGCGGAGCGUGAUUCGCAAGAUUACGGAGUCGUCGUCGCUUCCCGCGGACAAGAAGAUCCGUCUGGCCUACAUGGGCAAGAUGCUCAAGGAGAGCCAUUCCCUCGAAGCCCAAGGCUGGCACGCCGGGCACGUCAUCAAUGCUCUGGUAUUCAACCGAUGA